GCCGAGCUCGGCGGUGGUUGGGAGGCCGGCUCGGCGGCGGCGGCUUCAGCAGCGGCCGCUGAGGGGAGAGGCCGGCUGGGAGGCAGCGCAGGCAGGCAGGCAGGCAGGCAGGCGGGCGGGCGGGCGGGCGGGGGGCCGGGAAGGGAGCGCCGGAGGGGAGCCGCCGCCGCCGCCGCCGCCCGCCCGGGCAGCAUGGUGAUGGCCGAGCCCCGGCGGCUUCCCCCCGCGGCGCUGCUGCAGCAGCCAACGUCGUCGUCCCGCGGAGGGCCGGUCCCGGUCCGCGUCGGCUUCUACGAGAUCGAGGGCACGCUGGGCAAGGGCAACUUCGCCGUGGUCAAGCUGGGGCGGCACCGCAUCACGCGCAGCGAGGUGGCAAUAAAAAUCAUUGACAAAUCUCAGCUUGAUUCUGUGAAUCUGGAGAAAAUUUAUCGUGAAGUGCAGAUAAUGAAAAUGCUGGAUCAUCCACAUAUUAUCAAGCUUUAUCAGGUGAUGGAGACCAAAAGCAUGUUGUACCUUGUGACAGAAUUUGCCAAAAAUGGAGAAAUAUUUGAUUACCUUGCUAACCAUGGACGAUUGAGUGAGUCUGAGGCAAGACGCAAAUUCUGGCAAAUCCUCUCUGCCGUCGAAUACUGUCACAGCCGGAAGAUUGUGCACCGGGACCUCAAAGCUGAAAACCUUCUGCUUGAUAACAACAUGAAUAUCAAAAUAGCAGAUUUUGGGUUUGGAAAUUUCUACAAAAGUGGCGAGCCUUUGACAACGUGGUGUGGAAGCCCCCCGUAUGCUGCCCCCGAAGUCUUUGAAGGUCAACAGUAUGAGGGUCCACAGCUUGAUAUUUGGAGCAUGGGUGUAGUUCUUUACAUCUUAGUCUGUGGAGCACUCCCUUUUGAUGGACCAACUCUUCCCAUCCUGAGGCAACGGGUCCUGGAAGGGAGAUUCCGGAUCCCUUAUUUCAUGUCAGAAGAGUGUGAGCAUCUGAUCCGGAGGAUGCUGGUCCUAGACCCAUCAAAAAGGCUGACAAUUGCUCAAAUUAAAGAGCACAAGUGGAUGCUAAUCGAGGUUCCGGUCCAGAGGCCUGCUCUUUACCCCCAGGGACAAGAGAAUGAGCCUUCCAUCGGAGAAUACAAUGAGCAGGUUUUGCGACUGAUGCACAGCCUGGGAAUAGACCAACAAAAAACCAUUGAGUCCCUGCAGAACAAGAGCUACAACCACUUUGCUGCUAUCUAUUACUUGCUCAUUGAGAGACUCAAGUCACAUCGCAGCAGUUUCCCUGUGGAUCAGCGGCUGGAUUCCCGUCAGCGCCGACCAAGUACCAUCGCUGAACAGACAGUCGCCAAGGCUCAGGCAGCAGCGGCACCUGUAAAUCUGCGCCCCCAAAAUGUCAGGCUGCUGAGGUCCCCUGGCCUGCCUGCCACUUCUGCUGCUGAAGCUUUCUCGUUUCCCCCUUCUGGCUGCCAGGCGGAAUCUGCUUUCAUGGAGGAAGAGCGAAUUGACACGCCAAAGCUAAAUGGCUGCCUGCUGGAUCCUCUUCCCCCUAUGCUGGUGAGGAAAGGGUGCCAGUCUCUACCCAGCAGCAUGAUGGAAACCUCGAUCGAUGAAGGCAUAGAGACCGAAGGAGAGUCGGAAGAGGAUCCUGCGCAAGCAUUUGCUGCCCUGCAAGCCACUCGCUGUGGGAAGCGGCGCCACACGCUGGCAGAAGUAACCAACCAGCUGCUUGUAAUGCCACGUACAGGGAAAGUCUACACCAUGGAUGAGAACCAGUCCUUGAGCAGUGUGGACUCUGAAUAUGACAUGGGAUCCUUCCAGCAGGACCUGAACUUCCUAGAAGACACCCCCUCCCUGAAAGAAAUGAUACUGGCCAAUCAGCCAGCUCCCAGAAUGACACCCCGUUUUAUAGGGCUGAGACCUGCCAAUCCAGCCAUGCAGGUGUUGGCCUCCCAGAAACGAGAGGCCCACAAUCGUUCCCCUGUUAGUUUCCGAGAGGGGCGCAGAGCAUCGGACACAUCGCUGACGCAAGGAAUUGUAGCAUUUAGACAGCAUCUUCAGAACCUGGCCCGAACCAAAGGAAUCCUGGAGCUGAACAAAGUCCAGCUGCUGUAUGAACAGAUGAGGUCAGAAGAGGGACCUGCCCUGACAUCCACCUCUCAUUUGCAAGAUCUUGGGAGCAGCCCCCACCAGGAGGAAGCGUCCCAGCAGCAGGAAGCAGCCUCUGUUUUUCCGAACGGCAUGCACCCUCAGUUGCUCUCCCGGCGGCAAAGCUUAGAGACUCAGUAUUUGCAGCACAGGCUCCAGAAGCCCAGUCUGCUUUCGAAAGCUCAAAAUGCUUGCCAAGUUUUUUGCAAGGAGUUGCCACGGAGCCUGGAACAGCAGCUACAGGAGCACAGGCUGCACCAGAAGCGCCUCUUCCUCCAGAAGCAGUCCCAGCUGCAGGCUUACUUCAACCAGAUGCAAAUAGCCGAAAGCACAUACCCCAGGCCAAGCCAGCUGCCCCUCCCCUGCCACGAAGACCAGCAGCCCCCACCGCCACACCCUUCCCAGUUCGGCCUGGGGCAGCCCCUUAGCCCUCUGAUGGAGCCUUCAGCUGAACAAAUGCAGUGUGACCAUUUCCUUAGCCAGUAUCAAAAGCUCCAGCUCAACCCGUUGCCCUCGCCCUCUCGGAUGCCGUCGCAGAUUCCCAUACAGCAGCAGCAGCAACAGUAUCCAUAUCAGACUUGUGACUUGCCACUUGGCACCGCACCUGAACCAGACUAUGCCGGUCAGCAUCAAUAUCCCCUGGACCCAGCCCAGCAGAGCAGCGUAGCAACGGCUGACAACCAGAGAAGCUCUGACUCUCCUGGGGCCCAGUCCGGCUACGAGGUGUUAGGCCUUGGGGAGUUCCCUGGACUCUUUGAUUGUGAGAUGAUGGAAGCUGUGGAUCCCCAACAUGGCGGCUAUGUCUUGGUGAACUAGCAAGUGUUGGAGCGUUCCGGAUGGAAGGUGGUUCAGUUAAAGCAGAGGACAGAUAUGCGUGUGGAUUUCCAUUUACGUUCCACCCCUACAAUCCAUGGCUUAUGAUCCAAUCCUUGACCCCAGUGGGUGAAUGUACUAAUCCUCCUACUUGGUACUAGCAGGGAACAGCUGAGUGUCAUUCACCUGGAACGCUUGGUGGCGGGAGCUGGAGGCAGGUACCAGGGCACUUUUCAUGGAAGCAGGGCGAGAGGCAGGCACCCAGUGAGCGUCAAGGAAGGCUGGCGAGCAGAAUGUGGGCAUUGCAACCUGUUUGGUGUUCUGCGUGUCUCUCUGAAGGAACCUGGCACGCUCAGGAAGGAGAACAGAUGUGGGAUGCACCAUACUUCUUGGCAAUAAAAGCAAUACCUUUUUUUUUCAGUGGAACUCAUCAAAGACUUGGGUUAAUUUUUAAGGGAAAUCAGGAGUGUAGCAUGGCCGGGGUCACAGCAGCCUUGGCCUUUAGCUGCCAAUGUCAAACUAGGCUGCAUUUGUUUCUUGGGGGACCCAGAGCACUGCUGGGCUUGGAACGUUUUUCUCAAUGCUGACCAGGAAAUUUCUGACCUUUACUCACCGUGACGAAACCCUGGAUCUUUGACGAACAGGUCUGUGUUAUCCCUCUAUCAGCAAGGAACCUGGACUUGUAGGAUUUCCACAGAAUUCUUGUAUUAUGAGGUUCUUCAAAGACCAAGAAACAGAGCAAGGGGGCGGGGAGAGGGAUGAAGAUGAAGGUGGUUUGGGGGCAGGGGUGCUGCUCAGAGCUGCCUCCAGGCCUCGCUCUGUUCACUGGAGAAGUUGAAAUAAGCUGCCCUUGGUUGCUUUUCUGUUUAAAAGGGGCGACUGUAAUUGGGCCGAACAGUGUGCGUUGUUGGCCUUGUAUAUUUGGACAGUUAGUUAGGGGAUUAGCAUUUAAGGAUGAAACACGAUGAGCUUAUCAGAAAACCCAUGUGAAGUGAUAGUGCUGUGCCUUUUGGGUUCUUUUUGAGAUAACUAUGCUUUUCUUUCUUUUUUUUCUUUUUUGUCUGAAAUAGAAAAGUACCCCAUUUAUAUCCAUGCUGGCGCCAAAGUCCCUUCAGAGCCCGAGUUCCACCAUGUGGAACACAGGCUUAAAACUUCUCCUCACAUUUGUUUGACUUGGUCAUCUACAUAAUUGAUGAAAUGUUGAAGUAUUACAGCAAUAUUUAGGAUCAAGGAACUGUUGAACCAAUAGCAAUUUCAAUAGGCAUCAUCUGCUCUGCCAAGCGUUAAGUGACGUGCGAUCCACUGACUUGAAAUCCAUAGGAAGAAUACAGGGAAUCCCUCAAAUGGGUCGCGGGAGUGGGGUUUGAAACGGUGCGACGCUGUUAAGGAAGAUGCUGGUGGUGCUGAGCAUCCCGGUGGGAGCAGGUGACACACUUUAAGCACAACACAGGUGUAUUUAAGCACAAGAUGACGGUCUGUCUUCAGGAGGUUUGGGGCUCAUUGUUCACUGAAGCGGCAAACCAGUGCCUGUUCUGUACCACUUCCGAUGGCCAGCAGGAGUACAAAGGCAACGGCGUGUCAGAGAUGAGGACUAAGCUCAGCUUUUUCCUGACAUGCCAGGUGUUUGUUUGGCGGGGGGGGGGGGGGGGGGGGGUCAAUGGCAGCAGUGGCUUGUAUCCUGUAAAUUUGGUUUGGGAAGCAGACCAUGUGGACCCUCCGCUUCUGCUGCAGAUGUUUCAUACCCCCCUGAGGUGCUCUUGGAAAAUGCGGGUGUCUGGAUCCCCAAGAACAGCACACAUAAUAAAGUGGGAGUAGAAAUCGGCACAGACCGCCACCCGUUUCUUCCAAAAGCGGGAGGGCGCUUCUUUCUUCCAAACUGCACAGCUGGAGACAGGAGAGAUUCAUAGGAGGCUCUGUGCCGGUGGUGGCCCUUCCCCCCAGUGGACGAAGCCGAAGGACCUCUACCCAGCACGCCCUUGGGCUCCUGCUCAGCUUGUUUGUCCUUUGGGGUCUCAAGAGGUCCAGCCUGGACGCAGCUUGCCCGCUUCAUAAAGGACCAGGCCUCAGCGAGUGGGACGCUCCCCUUUCCCGCUCCUGGUUCUCAAGUCCAGUGUGCCGUGUUCACACUGUGCGACUUUUUCAAAACGAUUUCAUUCCAGGCACUAAACUUCAAACUCCAUCCUUUGCCAUUCUUAAGUUUGGACUAUCAGGGCUGCAAGUGAUGUAUUGACAGGCCGGCAGUUGCUGUAGGGAAGUGGCAGGAAGUGUAGUUCAGGGGGCAGCCGGAAGCUGUGUCUCGAAAGAUUUUCAAAGGGGGGGUGGGGUGGUCUUCUUGCCUUGGGAAAUUCUCUCUUUCCUGUGGAGGGCCUUUGUUCUUAACAGGUUUGGAGAGGGGUCCAUUUGGGCUGUCUUGGCCAGAACUGUCCAGCAUCCUUUCUCCCCAGAGUAAUAACGCUGUGCCUGCAUCUAACCUGUAACUGCAAGGCUUUUCUCAAGAGAAGACCUUCCCUGCUGUAUCCUAUGCACUUCACAUGGGGGGGGGGGUGAGGGAGAGAAGGCUUCUGGCGAGUGGACACCAACUGCCUUAUUUCCUUGAAAGCAGAGGGGGAAGGAAAUCCUGCAGGCCCUUGACUUUUACCUACCCGUUUUGUAUUCAGUGGGCAAAGACAUUUCAGGCAAGUCAACCAUCCCUCUCUCCUCCCCCCCCCCCCCGCACCAACUAGGGGCAGGCAGCAAAAUUUUCUGAGCAUCUUCAACCCACCAAAAGUUUUCACCCAAACAGCCCAGGAGGUGUACAGUUGUGGUGAACUGGAGACAGCCUCCUGGCAGACCUUCCUUUUCCGACCCUGACUCUAAGCUAUUUUCCGUAGUUUUUCAGUAGGAGGGGGUUUCUGAAGGCCUGUUCUCAGACAUUCCUGGCUUCUGAAACAAGCUUUCAGCAAGGGAGGAAUUCAUGGAUGCUCCAGGAGGUGGAUUCACAGGCCUUCCGACCUCUGCGUGUUUUCACCAUGGGCUGUUGAAGACCAGGGAACCAGCCCCUUUCCCACAACUGCCGAGAGCCUGGCCAGGCUUAGUUUUGUACAUGUAUCUCUGUGGUGCGUACAGAGCACAAACCGUAGCUAACCUUAGAAGGUGACUACAGAUCAGUAUUCAGGUGCAGAGAGCUAGCAUAUGUCCGUUUCUGUUGGCAAAAUCACCUUGUACCUCAGUUUAGGGGAGUGGAAAUUCUGAAUGUAAAACAAAGUCAGAUGCGUCCCUCCGCUUAACAGCAUGUGUUUCUUAACAUUUGGUGUCAUUUCUCUUACAACAGUAGAGGAAACCAAUUUUCCCCUAAGCCUCACUCACGUAUCCAUACAGCACCACCCCUACCCCCCCCCCCAUCCCGUAUUACAGCUACUUCAAAAUAACCGCUUCUGUCGAACCUGCUGUCUGUCGUUAGAGGAUUUGUGUAUACUACUGUAUAGCAACUAGUAGCUUUAUUAGUUUGAAUACAGGCUCCUUUGAAGAGACUUUGGUGAGAUGUACAUGGGGUUAAAAAAAUUUCAUAUGGAGACAAGUGCAAUAUGUGUGUGUGUGGUACGUUUUAAUGUAUUUUUUAAAAAAAAACAGUUGAAAGGGUUUAGUCUUCGCUUUUGGGAGAAAUGCACUAGUUUUGUGAGCCCAUCUGUAGUCCUUACUUGCAGUUGGUAUGCUGGACUCUGUAAAAGCAAUUAAUGCAAAAUAAAGAACGUGGACCGUGCGUUUUUAAAA